GUGUGCGCAUUUUCGGAUAAGGAGAGAAGAACGAAAAGAAAAAUCGCCGAACUUGUGACGGCUGAAAAGUAGGCGGCGUGGGCUGCCGCGUGGCGUCUGACGUGGCAGAUAGAAGGGGAGCCGGGGUUCGGGAGACAUGGCUUCUGCCACGUGGUUAGUUCAAAGCCCGGUAACGCAACUUGCCCUGCAAAACGACGCCUGGCACGAUGACAGGUCCCACAGCCAAGUCAGGAUGGGCCUGGAGAUGGCCGGAAGUACCGCGAAGCCACUGUUUCGUAACGAGGGCAAUGCGCGGUUGCAUGGUGCAAAUGCAACGGUUGUGAAGGCCGGGAUCCGAACUCGAAUUGCAUCUGAUAACAGAUCUGCGUUAGUUUGCAGGCGUGCGGGUCUUUCUCCUUCUUCUUCCACCUCCUCCUCCUCCUCCUCCUCCUCCUCCUUUUCGCCUUCGCAAUCGUCGCCCUCUUCUGGUUCGGUGUUGUCGUCAUCGUCGUCGUCUUCUUCAUGCCGAGCAGGUGCCCAUGGCGGCCUGGCACUUGGAAUGGCCGGGAGUCGCUGGGAGGAGAGCAGGCCACAACGAGUAGGAGUAAGAACCCAAGCCAAAGGAAAGAGGAAGCAGAGAACGAAGACGGAAACGCCAUCGCGGGUAUCGGCUCCUCCUGCCCCGCCAUCGCCAACGACUAGCCUGGCAGGCAGCGAGGAUCCGGUACGCAAUGAGGACAUCCAGACCAGCGGGGAAGAAGAAGAAGGAGGAGGAGAAGGAGGAGGAGAGAGAAGGGGAGAAGAAGUGGACCAGUCAUCAUCGGGUGUGUCAGUGGCGUCACGAGUUUCGGUACGCGAUGGAUAUGGCGCCAGGGAUGGCGGGACGGUCGGCGGGGAGGGGGAGGGGGAGGGGGAGGAAGAACCUAGCGUAGUAGGCGGUAGGGCGCAGGCUUCUGGUGCAGGCGACGAGAUCGAACCUCGGGCGGUCGCGAACGAAGGCGCAGAAGAGUUGAGCGUAGUCGCUGGGGAAGAGGAGAAAGGACAGCCGGCGACGAUGGAGAAUCCGGAGGAGGAUAUGGCGAAAGCGCUGGCGGACUUGAGCAGGGAGAAGCGUAGCUCACGCUUGAGUCAAGGCGCUGAUGGAUGGUCUUCUACUGCGGAGUUCUGGCAAGGAGUCGUUGAAGAGACUAUGCUCAUUGAAUGGCCGGCAUUUGGAAAAGUGCUUCAGACGACGGGUGUAGUGGUCGCGAUGAUAUUAGGCGGGUCUGUCUUUUUAAUCACGAUCAAUGGCACCUUCGCGCAGUUAGCAGAAAAGGCUUUCAAUGAUCCGGAGGUAGGGGCGGCGGUGAGAGCAUUGUUUAACAGAUGAGGCGGUUAGGGAACAAGUAACUGGUUAGCUGGCAGGUGUGCGUCAGGAUGAAGAUGUGCACUUGAGGAGGUUUAUAACUCUUAAUGUGAUGCGACAUGAUGUGCGUAGAUAAAUACUUAGAAUGUAAAUCCAAAUUGGUAAGAAACGAUGAGGAUAGGGUAGAUGCAAAGAUGGAUAGCCAGGCGCACAGAGAGAGAGAGAGAGAGAGAGAGAGAGAGAGAGAGAGAGAGAGAGAGAGAGAGAGAGAGAGUGCGCUAUUCGGUUAGCAGGUUUGGGACUCAUUUCUUUUCUUUUUUUGCCCUUGUUGUUGUUCGUUACUUCAUUUUCCGUUUGUUUUCGUGUUGUAAGAAUUGCAAAAAUCAAUCAUCCAUACAUACUAAUAUGUCUUUCAAAGAUUGAGUGUGGGUCUGCUCUUCUCCGGUAGUUUUACGUCGCGUUGUCUAAAUCUCAUUGCGCCCUACUCAUUCAUCUCUCACUUCAUUAAUUAACGGGGAUAUGGAGCGCGGCGCGUAUGAUUGGAGGAUUCGCGAUUCGACCCUAUUCAAUUCGAUAAGAAGCAACCAGAAGAACAGACAAACAGUUAGUUGCCUACCAAGUAGUUCACAUACUCAUGCGGGGUUCACAGUUUCACUGCUGACGACCGCACAACGCAGACGAAAUGCGCACCUGCAGCCUGCUUUCCUCUCCCUCCCUUCCCCCCCCCCUUUCCCCCCUUCUCUCUCUCUCUCUCUCUCUCUCUCUCUCCUCUGUCUUCCCAUCUGUUUUUAUAUCUCAGUGGUAUUCCGUAUCGAUGUAAGCUUGCUCUUGUCUUUGCCGUCUUGCGCCCGGGUCUCCCCUCCCUCUCUCUCCUUCAUAGCUCUGUGUACACGUGCGCGCGUGCGUGCAUUCGUUCGUGUGUGUGUGUGUGUGUGUGUGUGUGUGUGUGUGUGUGUGUGUGUGUGUGUGUGUUGCGUAUGCGCUAAAUGCAACGCCCCAGAGAAAAAUGCGACUCUGUAUGUGUCUAUGUGCUCGCGAGCGCGCGUGACGGAUGCCCUUCUAUGUACGAGAUAUUCUCUCCACGGGGCGCGCUCAUGCCCUGGUCAGCGACGUGUCCAUAUAAAAAUGCCAUAUAUAUUGCGACACAAUAUUGUCUUAUACUGUCACAUUUUAUCCCACAGUGAAAAAAAAAGGUCGGUUGUGUCGGCCUGCUUUGUCCGACUCUCACCUAGCGGUCAUCAUCAUCAACAUUACCGCAAGUUGCGGCGGUUAACAAGCCACAUAUUUGUUUUUCAAGCGGGGAAAAGUGCUGGUGGUUUAAGGCCCGAGGACCCAUGACUGCGUUGAUUGCUUCAUGUACUACUAGAGGAUUGACUGCCACAUUUGCCCACCCUUUAGUAGAAUCCUUCACGCCCUCCCUGUUGACACCCAAUCCCUGGUCUUAGAACAAAAUAUUAAAGAAAGU